AUGUCCUCAGUUGAACUACACUCCAAGUUCUUACUAAACUUGGCCGAUAUCCAGGCAAGAAAGAUUGGUUUUGAUUAUGGUAUCUUACUUGGGUUCCAAGAUAAUGACAAGUUUGUAGUUGCAACAUCAUUUGAAAUCAUCAGUGCCAACCAAUCCAUUGAUUACGAGUUUCUAAUCAAAAGAUAUAAUCAAUUGAAGCUAGUGUAUCCAGCAUUCACAAUCUUAGGAAUUUAUCAUAUCAGUACCUACAACAAUAUCUACUCUUUCGACUCAACAAUUGCCAUGUCUCAAGUAAUUCAAAGAUGUUUCCAGUCUUAUGACAUACAUGCCAACCCACAACAAAUCUAUAUUAUCUACAACAAAGACGAAAAGGGCUUCCCGUUCAAAUCGUUUUUGGUAGAUCAACCACUUGCAACCACAAUCAAAACAAAUCAAACUGAAGCAAUUACAGUCACAGAAUUCACAAAGACUAAUCAAACAAAGUCCAUACAAAGCCAUGUGGAUGAACUUGAAAUCGUUAAAGACAAAGUGCCGUCUGACACCUCAGAGCCGCCAACAAUUGCCCAAUUGUUGAAGUUGCAAACAACGCAAUUGGCAUUGUUGACGGAACAAAAGGCAACAUUGGAUGGCGCUCAGAACCGCCUUCUAAGACUUUGGCAAACUUGA